CCCCGCUCGGCCCCGGCCCGGCCCCUUCCCCCCUUCCCUCCCCUCCUUCCCUUCCCCUUCCUCCGGCACGGCCCUGCCUCCCCGCGCCGGGGGAGCCGCGCCGCUGCCCCGGGGCCGGGAGCGCUGCGGCCCGUGCGGAACCCAGCGCAGGUCGCUGUCACACGCUGCCCUUCAGCCGGGGGGAAAACGGGACCUGUCUCGGCGCGAGUGCAGCUGCGAGCGGGGCUGUGUUCACACCGAGCAGGGUACAGUGCUCGCAGGGAAAGCUGCCGGGAUAACCCGGCUUACCCACGUGUGUUCAGGUGCCCCCUGGCAGGAGGGGACAGAGGCUGCAGGUGGAGCUGUUGGCAUGGCAGCUUUCAGGGAACCACCGAGGCACUGGGGCUGGAAGAGACCUCUGAGUUUUGCCUGCUUCGUGUCGUCAACUGUUGGCCUUUUGUUGGGUGUUGGUCUAUUAAAAUCCGUGUUUUUUAUGUAGUUCGGGUAUUUACAUCUCUAAGACUAUUGCUUUAAACUGUGCAAGGUCUGCUUUCAGAGCGUGGGUGACAGUGUGUUGUACUAUUGAACCAUGUUCGUUUUAUAAGUAUGAGUCAUUUUCUGUAGGUUUGGGCUGCUAAUUGGAAAAUACAGUGGGGUGUUUCUCUUUUUAGGCUUGUGGGAGGCCAAUGCCCUUAGGGCAGGAAUAACCAGGAAGUUGAUUUAUCUCUAUGAGAAUCUCUAACCACUGUGGACAUCCAAGGCUACAAGGCUUGUGGGCAAGUAGUUUAAUGUGUAUUUGUUAGCAGGAAGCUUAGUCAUAGAAUUUUUGAGCAUACAUAAACUCUUUGGGCAAUUGAUACUCAGUUUUUAUCUUGAUAUAAUGUGGUUCUCUGUCUCAAGAUUCAAAAGAAUUUGUCCUAAGGUUCACUAAUAAGACUGCUUCUUAUCUGUAAUGAGGAUGGUUUAUAACUGUAGCCUAAAGAACAGAGAUCCUUGAUAGUAAGUGAUAUGGAAAAUAAAACAAGAAAGGAGUUUGUUCUUAGCCCGGUUUGUUCUUUGGAUGUUCCCACAGGGCUUCAGAUACAAACUACUGAUUUGCUUUUCUGUCAAUACUCUAGGUGGUUCAUGGAAAAGUUCUAUUUUGGUGUUAAUUUUGAGGUCAUGGGGUUGCAGUGUUCUCAGUGGUUGUAUCAGCUUUGAGGUACUGUUUGAUUUCAGUCAUCUGCAGGUUCUCGUUAGUCAAAUCUCAAUUUCUCUGCAAGUUCUUGAAUUUUUCUUAGGAAAGAAGGUGGUGAAAGGUCUUGUGGCAAUUAGUCCUUAUAAGCUAAUUAUUUUCACCUCGUUCCAUUGGUUAGAAUGCCAUUUCACAUACACAAAGGUUAAAUGAAAAAUAUGAUUAGCCAGUUUGGUCAAGCAUGUAGAGGUAUAUCUUAAGGUUAAUGUGCUUAGCUCUUAUCCUGCUUUCAGCUGUGGUCUCUCUGAUUUACGAGCUUCACUUAAUUAUCAGCUGCUUGCAAUAUCAGGCUGUGUUUGCAGUACACAUUUGGGGGUGUAUUUGAGACUAAGUAUGGAACAUGAUAGUGAAGAGAGCCAAGUGGAUCUCUACAGAGGUUCAAUCACACAACUGUAUUUGGAGCAAUGCAAAUACACCAAAGCCACCCUCCCUUCUGAACAGGACUGGAUUUUUGACUAAAUAUUCAACAAGCUCUGUGCUGAAUGCUGAGAAUAAUUAAAUCAGGAUGUUAAUUUUCUUAGCCUUUAAAUGUUAAGAUAGAAGAUAACUAGGGAUUUUUGUUUGCACAUUUUUAUGACUGAAAUAAUGUGUACAGUUUACAGGCAGUUUACCAAACUCCAUACCAUAUUUCUGUUUGAUGCAAGUCCCUUCUGGAGACAAGAGGAAUGACACUGCCUGAGGCUAUCCAAGAAGAGCAACAGAAGUCAUGUCAUAUACUCCAUUCCAGUAUUGUUAUGUGGUGAGUUCUGAUGUCACAGCAGAAUAUACCUCACUGCCUCAGGACUUAAAGUAACUCGUAACAUUUUUGAAAACUAAGGCUUAACCAUGUGGGUAUGUUCUACAGAACACUAUAUAAGCUGGAUUAGCUCUUGAAUUUUUUCUGGCAUUCUCUACAUCUGCAGAAGUACCUAUUGCAGCAACUUCUGUUAGCAAUAACACUCCCAAAACAUGUAGCUAGACAUCAGCAUUUUAAUGAACUCUCGUAGCUGUAGCUGCAUAUUUUAAAAUUAUAUUUGUAAUUAUAUAGCAGAAAUUUAAAAAAAUAGAAGGUCUUUUGUGCUGUGUAAGGUGGGCUUAUUUUAAAGUAGCUAGAAAAGCUACUUCUUGAGUCGUGUGAUACUGCUUAAAUGAAUUAAAGCAAAUUCUAAAUCACCUGCUCAAAUUUCACUGACCUCUUAGUGCUUAUUAAAUAAUUAUAAUUUAUUAGUAGUAGCCCGAACACUUCAGUUUCUUAAACCAAUCACUUAAUAUAGUGGUUGUAAAACAGCGUGUAAAAUAUUGCAUUACUAGCAAACUUUAAUUUUAAAUGGCUCUAGUGUUUUUAAUCAUUUAGUUGAAACUCUAAUUUUCUGGGAGAUGAAAUUAUCUCCUAACUGUGCUGUGAAAGUUUCUUGCAGGCAUUUAUUUCACAUGAAUUAAAAUCAAAGUACUGAAUAAUGAAUUCACAUAUGACUGUUGAAUUAGCAAUAAUAAAUGAAGAUAAAUAGCUCGAUAAUUAAACUUAAUUUUAACUUCACUAUAAUGUGUUUCAGAAUAUCAGAAUCAGAAACUAGGGAGUACUGUAAUUUAUUUUUCUAUGCAAGUUUGACACAAGAAAUAAAUAUUAAAUAUUUUUAAAAUAACUUCCAUUUUUUUAGAUAUUGUACAUUUAUUUUUAUAGGCUUUAAGUAGUAAAGUAGUGUUUUUACCAGUUAAACUGUGAAAUGCUCCUUUAAAUUUUAUGUAUUUUUAAAGUUGUUAAGAGAAAGUAAAAUAUUUUUUUUUGCAUUUGCUGAUAUUUAUUAUUGUGCUUAUUGCAUAAGCCACGUUAUUUAAAGUCAAACUUGCACAGCAGUCAGAAAUGUCAAAAAGACCUCAGAUUCAUGUUUUUGUGGGAGCACCCCAUAUUCCAGGCCCACUGGAGGUGUUAGAGCAAAGUAGUUCAGCACCUACUGCUGAAAAAUGGAGAGAGCUGCACUAUUUGUGUGAUGCACAUGGCCUUUUUUCUGAAAAAGUCCAAGGUGCUGCUGGCCCCUCAGUGUUCCAGGCAGGAAACUCCGUAGUCAGAGCAGUUCCUACAAGAGAUGGCAGCACUCAGCAGCCUGAACAGGGAAGGUCAGUGGCAGCAAAAGAAUGUUUGACAUCUCUUGUACCCGUGGCAGUAAGUUGUGCCAGCACACCUAAAGAGACCGAAAGUUUAACUUAUUCUGAUUGUCAGAUAUCUAAGGAUAGAUACACACCUGCAAAUGUAAAUCAGGCUGCAGAUCAGCACCUUCCACAGAACUUUACAGAAUCAGCUGGACAAGACAAACCAUCGCGUGGCUGCUGUUCAGACCUCACGGAGAGCAAAGCCGGUCGCUCAGAAGUGAACGGCGCCGACAUUUCCGAGUUGGUUGCCAGUACGAAGCAGAUCAGCAUAAAUCUGUCUGUGGGACUGCAGUCAGGUGACAGAAGUGAUCAUCAUGAACAUCUAGGCCAAUAUCUGGAUACGGUUUUCCGAAAAAGUCAAGGGUCAAAACCAGAAGCGCCAAACGGUUGUUCGAACUUCGCAGUGUCAACAGAUACUGAGUUUCGCAGUGUAGUGACAUCAAGUCAGAUGGCUGUUCUUGCACAGGAGCAGGGUGAGAUGCUGGAAAGAAUCAUAAAACUGUCAGAAACAGAAGGAGGAAAAAAACCUGAAGAAAGGCAGUAUGAUCACUUCCAGUUUGAUUCUGGUGUUGGAACGUGUACUAAUGUGGCUGAAAAUGAAUAUAAGGAAGACUAUACAAAUUCUCUUGAUCUUUUCAGUUCUGAGGAUGAUGGGAAAAAUGUUUGUUUUGAAGCUACAAAACAAGAAGGAAGUGCUCAGGAAAACAUAGGGAAAUUACAAGAAAUUGAAGUUCCUGCUGAGCCCUUGGUAAAUGAAAUCCAUAUUGAACCACUGAGCUCUGGAAUAUUGUGCUCUCAAGUAGACAGUUCUCAUAAGAACUCUUCUAAAAGACCCCGCAAGUGUGAAGAUUCCUUUCAUCUUUUUCACUCAGCAUUUAAAAGGCAGCUGGUAUCCAAGAGAGCUAAAUUGAAUUCUUCUCCACCUGGUCCUGGUACUAGAGUGGAUCAAGAGAGGAUGACAGAGUUCAAGAAACUUCAGAAGAAACUAUCAUCACUUAAGAAUUGCUGCUGCAAAAAUCAAAAGUACAAUGUUUUGGUCACAGUAGUACAUCCUUGUCAUAUCAAAGAAAUACAAAUAAAGACUAGACCAAAAUCACCAUGUAAAGUUCCUGUAGCAACAAUUGUUGUUAUUGACCAGUCAGAAACUGAGAGAAAGGUGGUGCUGUGGCGUGGUGCUGCAUUUUGGUCCCUCACUGUGUUUCCUGGGGAUGUUGUGCUGCUUACAGAUAUAAUAAUGUAUGAGGAUCUUUGGUGUGGAGAAAUCAUGCUUCAAUCUACAUUUACCAGCCAGUUACUGAAUCUGGGGAACUGCUCAACUCUCAAUCCAGAAGAAUUUUAUCCUUUAGGGGAUUAUGGUGUUCUCCGUGGCUUAUUGGCGUACAUAUCAUCAGAAUUUCCACACUUGAGAGACAUUCCACAAAGACAAGUUCAGAGACUGGAUAGUGUUCAGUACAUGCAGCUAGAUCAGCUCCAGCCAAACACAUUGGUGCACUCAAUCCUGAAAAUUAUCGACAUUGCUGUAUUAACAGAAUCUGUGUAUAACUACAAAGGUGGCAGGCAAAGAAAAAUUAUUCUGACAGUAGAACAGAACAGAGAUCAACGCUAUAGGAUGGUUCUGUGGGGAGCAGGGGCUGCCUGGUGCCCUCAGCUUCAAAGGAAAAAAGAUCACAUAUGGGACUUCAAAUACCUUCUGGUCCAACGUAGUUCUGUCUCAGGUGACUUGGAACUGCACACAACUCCAUGGUCAUCCUGUGAGUGCUUGUUUGAUGAUGACAAAAGGGCAAUUGAAUUUAAAGAAAAGUUUCAGAAAAGCCAAACAUCCCUCACGCAGUUGACAAAGCUCUCUGCACACUUGGAGGAAAAAUGCUCAGGAGUGAUUCAAGUGAAAGCCCAUAUCUUAGAAUUGAAGUUCACCAUUUCAACUGGUCAGUACAAGCAACUCAUCUUCUCUGCUGACACUUCACUGGAGUGUGUUUUGGCUUCUCUGCCUAUGAUUACAUAUUCAGGUUGUGCCAAAUGUGGUUUGGAACUGCAGGCAGAUGAGAACAUGAUCUACAAGCAAUGUGUUAGAUGUUUGCCACACAACAAAGUAAAAACAUUCUACAGACCUGCUCUGAUGACAGUAGAAGAUGAAGGAUAUGAAAUUUGUGUUCAUGUCGUGUCUGAGUUGAUGGAAAAAAUCUUCCUCAAUAUUCCUGCAGACUGGCUGAACAGAUUACUAGUGCCCUCCUCAGAUAUAACCUACAGCACAGUAGUAGCAGAUCUGUGUCAUUCGCUGCUAACAGAUACAGAAGCAUCCUAUUUGUUGGAAAUCAGGAGCCAUUUUGUGCUAGAUGAGAACAGCUACCCUUUGCAAAAGGAUUUCCAUCUGCUAAAUUUUCAUCCUGAUCUUUGAAGUACUGACCUCUGCGGUAACUGAGUAACAAAGACCGUAAGAACACACAGAUGGUAAUCAGAAGAAAAACGAGUUAGGUGAAGGAAGGAAAUAUCUUAAAAAAAAUUACAAUAAAGGACUUUAAUCUUAACUUAUGAAAAAAGCAAAACCACCUAAAGGACUGAUAUGGAAUAUGUGCUAAUAGUAUAUACUGCUGCUGUAAUACUGGUGAAUUGUCAUAAAGUAUAUUUUUAUACCUGUAUUUUUAUCUUAAUAAACUCUUCCUGGAUA